CUGCAGCCAAAAAAAGUUAAUGGUAUUAUUAUUACAAUUAUUAUUUUAUUUUACAAUUUUUUCCUUGAUUUUUGUUGAAGUUUAAAAAUGAUGAUUAUAAUUUAUUUAUCUUAUGUUGCAUUGAAGCGACUCAAUGGCCCGACGGAAUGAAUUUUGGUGGUUCAAUUAACUAUGAAAACAAUGCACAAUUAAUAACUUUACCAGAAGGUACUUAUUCUGAACACCAAUUCUUUUUGUUAUUGUCCUUCUUUAUACACGUGUUUUUUUCUAAUUUUUUUUGUUUGAUAUAACAUAUACAGUUUUGUUCAAUAAUCAGUUUUAUUACUUGACACAAUAAAGGUUUUGAACUUGAACAUUACUCUGAAUUUUAAAAUAAGUACAUUUUUAUUAUAUUUGUUACGGUUGGCAUGAUAUGAAAAAGUAAAUUCAUGAGAUUGAGUAUAUAUAAAUUUUAAUGAAGCAAUGACAAAAACAAUGCAUAGAGGUUUUGUAGCAGGUGAGGGUGAAGUGAGUGGAAGCAGCGAUGAUUGCAAACGUGAUUUAAAUGAGUUGGUUUCCGAUCUAACAAGAGAGGAAGAAGACAUUAAGGGUCAAUUACAAUGGUUGGAGUCACGGGGCAAGAAGCCAAAGAUUGAAGUUGACUAUUGGUUGGAUCAAGUACAAAACCUCAAAACAAGAGCUGAUGAUCAUCAUAUGCAGCAGUUUGGAUCGAUGGACAUACAAGAUUUGAUUGAUGAUAUGGCAGGGCACAUGGAAGAAAAGCCUCUGGUGGUGUCAAAUGAAUUUGUCGGUCUGAAAUUUGAGAAAAAUGUUGACGAGAUGUGGAAUCUUCUGGGGGAUGAUGAAGUUUUGAUUAUUGGCAUACACGGAAUGGGGGGAGUGGGGAAAACAUUCCUAGCAACUUAUAUGGAGAAUGAGAUCAAAAGAAAGAAAAGUUUCAAGCAUGUCUUCUGGGUCACUGUUUCCCAUGAUUUCACCAUUCUCAAAUUGCAACACCACAUUGCGGAAACAAUGGGGGUAAAGCUUUACGGAGAUGAUGAGAGAAGUAGAGCAACAAUUUUGGCAUCUGAAUUGGAGAAAAUAGAAAAAUCAGUACUUAUUUUGGAUGAUGUUUGGAAAUAUAUUGAUCUAGAGAAAGUCAGAAUUCCUCUCAGAAUGAAUGGCAUCAAAUUGAUUAUCACAAGUCGUUUGAAACAUGUGUGCCAACAGAUGGAUUGUUUGCAAGAUCAUAUGAUAACAGUGACUCCUUUAGAUGCGAUUGAGGAGGAACAUAUAUGUUGGGAGUUAUUUUUGUUAAAAUUAGGACACCAUGGAAUACCUGCAACGCUUCCCCCUAAAGUAGAAGAGGUUGCAAGAUCCGUUGUAAAAAAGUGCGAUGGUUUACCAGUUGCAAUCAGUGUGAUGGCUAGAAGCAUGAAGGAGCAAGAUGACAUUCAUUGGUGGAAGCAUGCAUUGAAUAAAGUUGAAAAUUUUGAAAUAAGAGAAGAGGUCAAAGCCGUACUAAAGCGUAGCUAUGAUAAUUUAAUUGACAAGGACUUGCAAAAAUGCUUCUUAUACUGUGCACUAUUACCUAAUCGUUUAGAUUUUGGUGAAGGGGAUUGGGUUAAAAGUCUUGUUGAGGGUGGAAUGUUGAAUGGAAAGAGGAGUUUGGGGGAAAUGAUUGAUGAGGGGUAUGUCAUAAUAGAUAAACUCAUAAACCAUUCUUUGUUGUUGAUUGAUACUUGGGAUUCUAUAUAUAUGCAUGAUCUGGUGAGGAACAUGGCAUGCGAUAUAAUGAAAGACAAAUACAUGGUAAAAAUUGAUAAAAAAUUGAAAAAGAUACCUGACUUGGGGGAAUGGAGAGAUGAUUUGGAGGCAGUUUCUUUGGCGUCGAACAAAAUAGAAGAAAUCCAAGAGGGUGCAUCGCCUAAAUGUCCACGCUUGUCCACCUUAAUUUUAUCUAAGAAUCGCAUCGCUCAUAUUUCGGACUCUUUUUUUACACGCAUGAAUGCUCUGGCAGUACUUGAUCUAUCAGAUAAUGAAGAAUUAAUAUCAUUACCGAAUUCACUGUCAAACCUGAGGUCUCUUAUUUCUUUAGUGCUUAGAAGAUGUCGAAAAUUAAAAAGUAUACCUCCACUGGAGAAGCUACAAGCAUUGUCAACAUUGGUCAUGGAAAAUCUAGUAAAUUUGAAAUGGCUUGAUUUGUCCCAGAAUCGUUUAAUACCAUUACCAGUAGCAGAAGGUGUACUAUCUCGUUUGACCAAUAUGCAAUAUUUGGAUCUCAGCAGUUGUUCGAUUAAAAAAGUAGAAGAUGCAAAAGGGAUGACUAUGCUCGAAUGUUUUCAAGGUGGCUUUCUGGACCGGGAUAACCACAAUCAUUACGUCCAACAAAUCUUUAACAACGGUUAUGGACCUAAAACUUAUCGUAUUUAUUUUGGAAAGUGUGACUACUACUGGUACCAAGAAGAAAUUUUCGAAGAGUUUAAUUUUCGAAGAUUAUUGUUUACAGACUGCCCAGAAAAACCCUAUUUACUGCCGAGAGACCUUGUGGAUUUGAAUGUAUAUGACAAUAAGCAAUGGGAAUACUUAUGUGCUGCUUUGUCGUCUAAGGAUCCUUC